AUGUUACUCCAUUUUAGUGUAUUAUUUUUUUUAACGUCAGUGUUUGCUAAAAAUGAAGAAUAUAAGAACUACAAAGUGUACAACGUGGCAUUUCAUGCCCAAAUACAACAAGAUAACUUCGCUUCGAUAAAAGACGAUCUCAUUGAUUACUGGAGAUACCCAUCUCUGGAGAACCAAGUCUCUGGUCUCGCUAUGGUGCCGCCAGCACGAGUGGACUGGUUUGAAGGAAGACUUAAAGAACUGGAUGUCGCCGUGGAUGUUCAUAUAGAGGACUUAUAUGAACAUUUAGCUGAUAAAGAGAAGGAAACAACGGAUUUAUCAAGAUCAGAUAACGGAAGGGCAUUCAGUUUUGACAAUUAUUACCGUUACGAUGAGAUUUUAACCUAUUUGUAUGCUCUAGAAGAAACGUACGGAAAUUCACCUGAUAUAUCGUUCCGGGUAAUACAAUAUGACUAUACUGAAGAGAAUAGACCUCUAGUUUAUCUACAAAUCAAUAAUAGGAACGAUGUACUUGAUGACACUAAACCAUUAGUAGUAAUUGAAGCUGCAAUAAAUCCACGGGAUUGGAUUACUGUACCGGCCGCAAUUAAUAUUGCAAACAAACUGUUGGAGAGUGAUCAGCAAAGAUUUUUAAAUAAUUUUGAAUGGAUAAUAGUUCCUGUUGUUAAUCCUGAUGGAUAUGAAUAUACACACUCAACUGGACGGUACUGGACUAAAAACAGAACUGUAAGAAAUCUCGACAAUCUCAACUUUAUGUGUCCAGGUGUGAACAUAAACAGAAAUUUGGACUUUGAAUGGCGAUUGUCGGGAACAAGCACAAGUGCAUGCAGCCACCUUUACGGAGGGCUGGAACCUUCCUCGGAGCCUGAAAGUAGAUUGCUCCAAUCCAUAAUAGACGAGAAUGAAUCAAGAAUUAAUCUUUACAUCUCACUUCAAAACAACGGAGGAUUUAUAUCCUACCCAUGGUAUUACGAACGAGCAGCCAGUGGAUUAUUUAUAUCUAAUCAUUUGCUAGGUCUUGAAAUAAUUGACGCGAUGCAAGGAGAUUACAAAUUAGGUGUGGCUUCUGUCAAUAUCGAUCCCACUUCUGGAACAGCCAGUGAUUAUGCUAGAAGUAAAGGAGUUAGAUAUUCAUAUAAUAUAGACAUUGUACAGGACACAAACAAUGGUGUUAAUAUACCAGCGGGAGAUAUUGUAGACAUCGUUGAAGAUGUGUGGCGAGCUGUUUCAGUUGCUGCCGAUAAUUUAAAUUAA